AUGCUCUCGGCACCCAUCCCUGGAUCGGCCCCUUCGGUGUGGGACCCCUGCCACCAGCGUGGGUUCCUCCGGGUCUGUCCCCCUCUCCCACGGGACACCGAGACAGGGACCAGCGCCGCUGCCAUCCCCCUGCCACGGAGAGGAGUAGAGUGCAAAGCUCCUCUGGAGACACCCACGUUUGGGGACAUCUACCACGUCACAGGAGUAGAGUGCAAAGCUCCUCUGGAGACACCCACGUUUGGGGACAUCUACCACGUCACAGGAGUCAUCAGCCUGCCCUACGCGGAGAUCAGGGAACCCUUCGAAGCCUGGUACAACCUCACCGGGGGGAAGAGCCGCAUCGAGUACUACGGCGGCCAAGUGGUCACCUACCAGUUUGGCUCCAUCGAGCCCUUCGGCGCCAGCUUCAAGGUGACUCCCGAGACCACCGAGACGGAGGUCAACGUCCGCAAGUGCUUCCGAAUCAACGGCACCGACGGGGACCUCGUCGCCCCGCAGAGCGUCUUCCCCAGCCUGGAGAACUUCAAGUGGGUGCGGGAGGAGCGGUUCCGCGGGCAGCGCUGCGCCGUCUGGCAGAACGUCUCCUACUGGGGCCACAAGAAGAACGUCUACACGCUGCGGGUGGGCAGCUCGGCCCGCGGCCCCGUACCCCUGCACUACGAGGUGCGGGGCUUCAACAGCCUCCUGGGCUCCCACUACGACAAAUACGAGAUCGAUUACUCCUCCUUCAGCCACCGCUUCCCCCCCGGCAUCUUCCGUCUCCCCGAGGGUGAGUGUCCCCGGUCACCGCGCAGCUCAGCCUGCGGCCUCACCCGGCCCGAGAGCCUCGACUGGCGGCUGUAUGGCGCCGUCACCCCCGUGAAGGACCAGGCUGUCUGCGGGUCCUGCUGGAGCUUCGCCACGACGGGCGCGAUGGAGGGUGCCCUCUUCCUCAAGACCGGCGUGCUGACCCCCCUGUCCCAACAAGUCCUCAUCGACUGCUCCUGGGGCUUCGGGAACUACGCCUGCGAUGGGGGCGAGGAGUGGCGAGCCUACGAGUGGAUCAAGAAACACGGCGGCAUCGCCAGCACCGAGUCCUACGGCACCUACAAGGGACAGAACGGUUUGUGCCACUACAACCAGUCUGAGAUGCUGGCCAAGAUCACGGGCUACGUCAACGUCACCUCGGGGAACAUCACGGCCGUCAAAGCUGCCAUCUACACCCAUCCUGGCCUGAUGGGACACAGCCCCAUGGUGACGCAGUUCAAGAUGUCUCCAGAGGUCAGCUCCACUCUGAAAGCACAGGACUGGAGGCAGUCCUUGGUGGCCAGCUUCCAGUCCUGCGCCCUGUCCUCUACUCGGUAUUUCUCGUGGCCCUCUCUCACCUUCAGGGUCUCCUCCUUGUUCAGCCACCCCUUCUUGGCAUCUGCCCACCAAGAAGUUGGUGCUCAGGUGCUUGUAACUGGGCACAGGUAA